CAGAAGAAGGAAAUGAAACCGCUGCAUUAAGCUUCCUGUAACCACAACCAUUUGUUGUUUUGUAAGUUUCAUUUUACAAGGAAACAGCAACCUAGGGGCAGCUAAGGCUGAGAUGACAAACACAGUGAUCAGACAUUCGACAGCAGCACCCUAACAAAAGGACAAUGAAGAGUUCAGGAAGAGUCCAGAGUUGCUGCAUCACUCUGUUCCUCGCCCUGACCUCUGUGUCGGCUCUACAAAAGCUCAAUUCAAUCAACGAUUUGAAGAAAGUCAACUUUGGCCAAUCUGUGCCCAAACACAGUCUUCUGCUGCUCCACUGGUUUGCUAAUGUUAUUGAUAUAGACAAUAAUAAUGUCAUACGGUUGACCUUUAAUCCAAAUCAAGGCGAUUACGGCUCCCAUCAUUAUGGCAACUUUGAGAGAGUGCUGGACCCACUGCCUUCUGGCCACCAAUACUUCACUCUAGGAAAUCUCCAUCAGGGCACAUCACAACUUCCAGAUUAUGUUGUCCACCCUCAGUCAGAAUAUACAGGGAGGAACAUGGACCGAAUAAUAUUCAGAAUCCGGCAACAAAACACAGGAAGGCAAGCGUUGCAGAGAAUAGAUCAAGUGUACAUCACACAGCAUUACGAGGCUUCUGAACAGCAGGGGACAAGGUAUGAUCCAGAUCAUACGUACCAGGUCACUACCAACCUCUUACGACAGAUCAGAGAGUUUUCUGUGGGAGAAGACCAACAGUCACUCUCACAGCUAAGAAAUUGCUUUGGAAGUAACAGUGAUGAUUUCCAGUUAAGGCACAUCAAAAACAUAUGGGGUGACCUUGCUUGCCUUGGACUGCUGUUGUUUAUUGUGAUACAGGAGAAAUACUCUUAUAAACAACCUAAUAAAAAGCCUGAGCGUUCAGCAAGAAGAAACCCACAACCUGAUUUUGUUGUCAACAUCCCAGAAAACAGACAAAAUCCAAGGGAUGAUAACACUUAUAACACUUCAAGAUAUGAGAGGGAUGAGAUACAACUUGAGGUGACGACCGGAAUUAAUGGAAAAGCCAGGAUUCAUUGGAGCAACAUUCCCAAACAUCGUCUAAAUGAGGGAGUAAUGGUUGUGCUAUUCAAGAACAACAGGGACCAGGAAGUAAGCGGGACGUAUAGGUGCAUUGGGAACAAGGAGUCAGGCAGUUAUGACACCUCAGUACUACUUAAUGAAGGCCUUCAGGUCCGAUUACAUAAGGUGAGACGACGAUUCUGCUUCUGUAAAGUGACUGGAGAGGAGAUUUGCCGAGGUCCUGAGUUUAAGAAUUUCAAAGCGGGUGAAACAGUCAACAUAGCAGGCUACAACGCAAAGCUCCAGCUCUUUGUAAAAGAUGGCAAGGCUUGUGCUCGCUUAUUCGUCAAGAGAACAUUCCAUGAGUGGAGGUCAGAAUUUAAAAAUUCUUGGGUUGGGUUCUAUGCCUCUGCGGAUAAAGACACAAAUCAAUAUGAAUGGUGGCAGUGGCAAUGGGCAACCAAAUUCAGACCUAGCACUGAUGUUGUUGCCCCAUCUCAUGAUGUCUACGACUAUCACUCGGGUUUGGCAAUUGCCUCUGGAGUCCAAGCACGAUUCAUACUUUCAGGAAACGUUGCAGCAUCCACUCCAAGUUGGAGGUGAUUGUGGACGCGUAAAAAUGUAUCUUUAUUGUAUUAUAGUAAUGGCUUUGUUUUCUUACGGUUUCUUCUAUGUUGAAAAUUGUGCAUAUAAACCACUAUGUGCACCUGACGCACAGGAGUGUUUUUAUUUUCAUUUCAGGAACACAGAUAAAUCAUUUAUCAGAAAGAUCAUUUCCAAACCUUGUGACAUGCGAACAUCCUGGUUUCUAGCCAGGUCCUGACCAAGUCUAAGAAAAGGCUUUUAUGUUUGUGUAGUAGAGAAAAGUGCUGUUAAUGUGGUGGAACUGGGUUAGCACUCAGCAGGCCAGCACAAGACCAAACACGUCAGAAGAUGAGUCAUCAUGUAAAACUGUAAAUAGUAAUCAAAGGUUCCUCUCCAAAACGUUAAAAUCCAGAGCAAAUUGUUAAAGACAUCUUUGUCUGUGAGCAAAUGUCUAAAAGUUGAGAACAUUUUAGUUCAAUGAUGAUGAAGAAUGUCUCAAGAAUCAGUCCAUGCAUUUUAUGAUAUGCAGGGAAUUUUAUUAGUUAACAGAUAUGAGCUCUUAGAUUAUCAGAGCUCAAGAUGUGUCUCAAUGUCCCAACAACUUACUGACAAAAUAAAAGUCAAAUAUAACAUAUUACAUAAAGAUCGAUAUCAUGACAACACUGGCUUCAGAAAAAUAACUGGAAAUACAACUACUUGAUAAGAUAAACUAUGUGUAUACUUUGUGAAUGACAGUUGAUCAGUGAUAUUACUUUGUUAUUUUCCAAAAUAAAUAAACGAUUAAAUGAUA